AUGCUUCAUUCUCGCCCUCCUUCAGAGAACUUUUUUCCAGGAACUCUCUAUUCAAAAGAAAUAUUUGUAGGAGAUCCUUAUACAUUUCUCUUUGUGAAAAGAGGCAUUCUUCAAUUUGUAUAUGUUAAACCCAUACUGGCUAUUAUUACAAUGGUAUUAAAGGCAACAGGAAAUUAUAACGAAGGUGAAUUCUCUUGGACAAGCACUUAUCUUUAUAUUACAUUUUUUUACAAUUUAAGUGUUUGCUUAAGUUUAUGGUGUUUAAUGGUCUUUUUUUAUGCAACGAAAAAAGACUUGGUUUGUUUUAGGCCUUUACCGAAAUUUCUUUGUGUAAAAGCAAUUAUUUUCUUUUCAUUUUGGCAAAGCGUCGUUGUAGCUUUACUUGUAUUUGCUGGAAUUAUUCCUGAAGCUGAGCAUAUAUCAGUUGCUAUUCAAGAUUUCCUUGUUUGUAUUGAGAUGGUACCAUUUGCUAUAGCUCAUUCGUUUUCGUUCUCAUAUGAGGAUUAUUUCGAUCAAACUGUUCAUUCUGCUCGAAUGCCAGUUCGUAAAGCUAUUCAAGACUCUUUCGGUUUAAAAGAUGUGAUGAUGGAUACAUUAGAUACAUUAAAAGGUUCUCGAUUUAGCUAUCGCUCUUUUGAGCCAUCUGAGGGAGUACCUCAUAUGGGAAGUAGUCGUACUUCACGUAUUAUGGCGGGACUUCGAUAUUCUAAUAUAACAACUAAAAAACGUUGGUUAGAACCUGCUCCAGCUUCAAAAUUCUUAAACUCAUCAGGCAGAGGUAUGAACGAUGAAAUUGGAUCUGAUGAAGACACAGAACCUUUAGAAUUUGAAGAUCCUGAUUCUUCUGAUGAAAUAGAAAUUUUGUAUAAAGCAAGUCGUACGAUGGUUUUUGGUGAUUACAAUUAUCCAGUUAUAGAUUUUCGUGAGCCUUUAUGGCGACAGGCCCGUCACGAACGCUAUAAACAACGUAGUUAUGGUGGUACUUCAACUACUUCAAAUAAUGAUAUUAAAAAAAGAAAAAAUGAGAAUGGGCUUUUAGGUCCAAGAGAAGGAUGUAUUGAUGUUAUUAUACAGCAAGGGAAAGGCAACUAUGUUCUUGUUGAUGACUUAUCAGAUGAAGAAUUUCAUUUAACAUCUCAACAAUCUAUAAACCCGCUUCCUAAGCCUCCAGCAGCACCUAUCAGAAAAUCAACUCUAACAGCUGUUAGAUAUAAUGAAAAGAAUCCAAUAAAACACAGUAAUACGUCCAUCCCCAAUUCUUCUUUGAAUCCUACAUUAGAAAAUCAAAAUAUUCAGCCUUCUUUUUCAACACCUAGUAGUAGCAGUAGCAAUAAUAACCGACAAGCUUUGCCUCGAUACCCUGAAAUUAUUAAAACAUCAUUAUCAUCAUCAUCACUACCAAAAAAGAUGAAUACCUUUAUACCUCACUCUUUAAUUAUUGACAAUGAUCUAUUAAAUAACAAGUCAACAUUAUCACCUGUAGAUUCACCUUCUGAAGAAGAUGCGCAUGUAUGGAAAUGGCCCGAAGAAAAUAAUACAAAGACUAUAGAGACCCCUUAUCAUGAUGAGGAUAUUUUAAACAAUAAUAUUUGGAAAUAA